AUCUACCAUGCAUUGGAUACACUGUGUGCCUUGAGUUUUGUUAAAUUGAUUUUUGACUGCGGAAUUUUUUGUUGUGAUUUUUUCACCUGAGGAUAUUGUGAAAUUUUGUGUUCCAGAAGUUGAUGACAUGUGACCUUAACUGGGGCUUGCUGUUUGGAUUUUAAUCAUCAUUCACACAUUUGUUUUUCUCGGAGUCAAAGGAUAGUACAGUGAACAUGUCGAAACGUGGAAAGUCGCGAGGAAAAGACAAGGGAAAGAAGCAGGAUGACGAAACUGAUGAGAAAGAAGGAAGCUUAGCGUAUAAAGUUCUGUCUGAAGAUCAAUGUAAAACACUUCUCGGUCAAGAUGUUGUCGAAAUGCAGACAACGUUAUGUGAUAUUUUUAAACUACACAACUACACCACAGACCUGCGUGAUGCAGGAGUACUGGAUUAUUAUACAGGGGCAGUUUGGUGGGGAAAGGAACAGGGUUUCCAGCCUCAGCAACUGUCUGGCUUCUUCACCGUCAUACACACACUAUUGGAUAAUGUAAAAGAACAACAUAUGGCAAUGAUAGACAAUCUGAGGGAGUUCAAGAAAAUGCUUAUUGGCAUCGACCCAGAAUAUCAGGAAAUUAAGUCAGCCGGUUUAGAUUUCUUCAACACACAACAGGCUAAGGCCUUAACAAACUAUGUCACCACUUGUCUAUUUCAACACUAUAAGCUGUAUGAAUUAAUGUUUACUCAAACCCAAGCUGAGGAAAUCAUCGGUACCGAUCUGGAGAUCGAGACAGCUAAGCCCGCCAAUGUACCAUUCCCCCCGCCACUGGAUGAGGGCGUAUCGCAGGAGAUGUUUGCCUCCUACAUAGCUACCCCUCCCCCAACACCCGAACCUGAGCAGGUAGAUAAAAGUGAAGGUGGUUUGGCGGGAGAGGUGGAAGAGGAAGACAAAGCCAAGGAGGAGCUAGAUGCGAAAUUAGACACAGACAUUUUCUCCGAGCUCACGGUAGAUGAUGUACGAGAGGUGAUAGAGAGUGUCGCUAAGGGCCUGCUAGAUCCACUUCAGAGUGAAAUUGCAGCAAAACUUCGAGAAAAGGAAAAUAUUCUUAUCAGCAGAAUCAACAAAGUACAUAAAGUAGCUGAAGAAGGUUCACCGUGAAACCGACAUUUUUUGUUUUUUGUUGAUAAAACACUUUACUUUUUUAACUUGUAUCGACAGUGACAAGUGUCAAAAAUGCAAAAAGGAAGUUCAAGUUUGUAGGCCAGAAUGGUGCAAUCCACAAGAUGGACUGUUCAAAGGCUAAAUGUACGGAUUCUGGUUCCAAAGUGCAGUGGAUAUAGUUGUACAGUUUCAUGAACGGUAUAAGAAUGUUGCGACAUACUUAAAAAAAACUUUAUAAAUUGUGAUAUAAAUGUUGUACAACAUGUGUUUGUAUGCGAUUAUUUUACAUUUACUGAUUAACAUUGUAACAAUGUAUUUAAUAAGAUGAUAAAUGUUGACAUUAAUAUAUUUAUUGUAUGAAAUAAAUUCUUGUACAUUUUA